AUGUCACCACAAUCUUCAUUAGCUAGCAAAGACUCAAUUAAAGUAGGUAUCAUUGGUUUGAGCAUUGGCUCUGGUGUUCGUUUUGUUCCACCCUGGGCUUAUGUGGCACACUAUCCUGCUUUAGCUAAAAUACCUGAAAAGUACCAAAUAUCUUCAAUCUUGAAUUCUACCUUGUCAUCUGCGGAAGCAGCUGUGAACAAUUUAUCUUUGAACACUACUAAACCUUUUGAUUCAUUGGAUAAAUUUGCCCAAUAUGAAUCAAAUGAUUUGGUGACUGUCUCUGUUAGGGUCCCUUUACAUAAACAAUUGCUACUACCAAACAUUGAAUCCAACAAGAAUAUCUUCAGUGAAUGGCCAUUGGGCGCUUCAACCAACGAAGCUGAAAGUAUUCUCAAGUUGGUCAAAGAGAAAGAUUUGAAAACGGUUAUUGGAUUACAAAAGAGAAAAGCUCCAGCAAUUUUAAAAAUCAAAGAAUUGAUUUCUUCCAAUAAAAUUGGCCGUAUCACCUCUGUCUCAUUAUCAGCUGUCUCAGAACUUGGUGGUCCAACCAGAGCUGAAAGUUUAUCAAGUUAUAUAUUUGAAUCCAAGAAUGGUGCUAAUUUUUUCACUAUUCCAUUUGGCCAUACCUUGGAUGGGUUGCUUUAUGCUGUGGGUAAGAAAGUCAAGUCUGUAAAAGCUAAUGUUCUAACUCUUUAUAAGGAACAACAAUUGGUCGAUCUUGAUUCAAAACUUGUUGGGAAAGUUGUCUCAAAGGACACAGUUGAUCACAUUUCGAUUGCUGGUCUUUUAACUGACAAUACUCCAAUUACGAUUGAAUUCAGGGGCGGAAGUAGCAGCAGAGUGGGCAAUAGGAAUCUCCAUGUUGAGAUCCAUGGAACCAAAGGAGAUAUCUUAUACGAGUCUGAUAGUGCUUUCAGUGAGUUGGCUCCAAUUGAUCUAUCGUAUUCGUACGAAGGCAGUGAUGGAGUUGUUAAAUUUGACAAUGGAAAGGACUACAAUGCCACUGUGGAUAAUGUUUUGGGAUUGUACGAGUCGUAUUACGAAUAUAAAGACACUCAGGGGUCAAGACAAGGGUUUGAGAAGGAUGGAUUUCCAACCUUUGAGGAUUCUGUGAUUUUGCACAGAUUACUUGACAGGAUUGUGGAAUCGUCCAACACUGGAAAGGAAAUUGAUGUAAAAGACAUUUACGAGUUUUGA